GCAUAUUUAUUUGACACGUUUUUUGUCAUCGAAUAUGUCACUGAAGUUUCAUUGCAAUCAAUCAAUCACUCAGUCUUCGUGAAUUGUUUGUCAAAUUUUCAAAUUCUCCGUUUGUGGCCACGCAUCUUCAUUCACCGUCCUUUCGACUACCACCAAUCCGAUAUGCUGGACAGAUUAUUGUUAUCUGAAUUUUUUGGUAACUAAUUUGUCCUGGAUAAACUAUAUGUAAAAUAAUUCAUCUUAUUAUUCCGGCUCAUUGAAUAAUAUCAUCCAUCUAAAAUAAAGAAAACAACAGCACAUUUAAAAUCGAAAAACAAUUUCUAGACGCAAUCAUUACGAAUCAGUGCCACGUUGGGCGCCCAAGUCCAGAAAUCGUUCGUUCGUUCCCGCAACUCAAAAUCAAAAGUGCAGCCCCGCAAUUCGAAAUUAAGUGUUAGAAGAGGUCAUCGAGAAUUCGAUCCAGUCAAAAAAAGAAGAAAAAAAAUUCAUCGUUGGGCGCCAACAUUCGAUUACUGAAACGUUGGGCGCCAACAUACGACUACUGAAACGUUGGGCGCCAACAUACGACUACUGAAACGUUGGGCGCCAACAUACGACUACUGAAACGUUGGGCGCCAACAUACGACUACUAAAACGUUGGGCGCCAACAUCCGACUACUAAAACGUUGGGCGCCAUUGUACGACUAUUAAAACGUUGGGAGUCACCAUCCCAAAACAAUCGCCGAAAUCAAACGUGGGGUGUCGUAAUCGAACUUCGAGCCGUACAAUCAGAAAUCGAGAACGUUCAACAGCCAUAAUUCGAGAUCGGACAUCGCAUAACCGUAAUCAACAACAAUCAACCGGUGGUGGAUCGUUUCGUAAACCGAAAACAGCAAAACAACCGUCAACCGGAGUGUCGGAGAGUUGCGAGGCCGAGUUUGGCGCGCGUAAAUCGGCUAAUCGGCUCCGUCGAGGACACACAUGCACUUGCGACUCCGGGACCUGGUGAUCGAGAGAGUCAGUCCGCCACUUCUCAGCUAACGUGUCGGUCGUUACAUUAGUGUUUUUUGGUGUGUGUGUCUCUGUGUGUGUGUUGUGCGUGUCUCCGUCCGUUGUGGUGCGCACGCCGCGUGCACGAAUCGCACAAGUCGCACGGAUCAUCUGUGUCCGCGCCAGUACACCGAACACUCUAGAGAACGUCGGAGUGCGCCCCGUGUUCCUGCGACGCCAGCACCACAUAAACAGUUAAGAGGGAGGCACUGUGCGCCGCAGCCAGACGAAACACUGUGCCGUGGUGGUCGAGCGCGGACGGAACCCACUGUUGUCCGCUCGCCGCUGAUGAGCAUCUGAACUCGAGCGACGAGCAAAAUGGCCGCCGACUCGGGUAUGGAGACCUGUCCGUCGCCCGAAAUCGCCGACUCCAGGAAGCGCCCGCUGGACGGGGAGGCCGAGAACGGGGACACUAAGCGCUCCCAUUUCAGUUCAGAUGGAGGUUCGGAUGAGGGAAAUGAGGGACAUGAAGGCAAUGGUAUGGCAGGAGAUGUUACCUACCACUUCAAAGUAUUGGUGCCGAGUGUGGCGGCGGGAGCGAUCAUUGGUAAAGGCGGAGAAACGAUCGCACAACUCCAGAAGGAAACGGGAGCCAGGGUUAAGAUGUCCAAAUCACAUGACUUUUAUCCAGGUACAUCAGAACGUGUGUGUCUAAUCACCGGAUCAGUCGACGCAAUCAUGUCAGUUAUGGAAUUCAUUAUGGAGAAGAUCAAGGAAAAGCCAGAUCUGACAAAAUCCCUGGUCGAAGGUGACAACAAAAUGAUGCAGGAAAGGGACAAACAGGUGAAGAUCCUGGUGCCGAAUUCGACGGCGGGAAUGAUAAUCGGCAAGGCGGGUAACUACAUCAAACAAAUCAAGGAGACGAGCGGGUCCUAUGUACAGAUCUCCCAGAAGGCCAAGGAUGUCAGCCUUCAGGAACGAUGCAUCACUGUGAUCGGUGAAAAGGAACAGAACAAGCAAGCGUGUCUAAUGAUAAUAGGCAAGAUAGUGGAGGAUCCACAGAGUGGCACGUGUCUGAACGUGUCCUAUGCAGAUAUCAACGGUCCAGUGGCGAAUUUCAACCCGACAGGUUCGCCAUUCGCCCAACAAAAUUCGGGUGGUGCCUUCAACCAGUCAACGGCCAGCCUCAAUAGCGGUCUGGGCACUGUGUCGCAAGGCAUCAUGCUCAACGGCCUCAAUCUGAGUCUCAAUUUAAGCACGCCCGGUCAAAAUGUAGGCGGAGUGACGCCCCAACUCUUGGAUCACAUCAAGCUCCAACUGAGGCAGAGUGGUUUUUCGGAAACUCACAUCUUAGACAUAAGUUCAGCUUUGUCGGUUCUAGCUAAGUAUGGUAUAUUGGCUGUGGGAUUAGGACUAGGCGGCGCCCACGGUGGCGCAUUACCUAAUUACCUAAGCGUGAUGGAACAAGCCGGGGCGGCGAAUAAUUUCGGGCCCAUUGGACAAGUCACGCUGGGUGAGUAUCUAGCACGGUCAAAUUGGUGUUUCUCAGGUGCCAGCAGCCCCACACCUAGAGCACCCCUGGAUCGAUUCGAUGGACCAUUCGAUCCCUUCCGGCAUCAAUCGUCGUCCGCAGCCGCCGCUCCCAUAUCCAUAAACAACAACAGCUUCGGACUGGGCACCGGUCAACAAAUGGCGACCGUCCUGAGCAAGAGUCCCACUCCUGCCGAUGUGUCAGCACCGAAAGACUCCAAGAACGUGGAAAUAGCCGAAGUAAUCGUAGGGGCCAUCCUAGGUCCUGGCGGACGAUCGCUGGUGGAGAUUCAGCAAAUCAGCGGGGCGAACAUCCAGAUCUCUAAGAAGGGCAUAUUUGCGCCGGGCACGCGCAAUCGCAUCGUCACGAUAACAGGCAACCCACAUUCAAUUAACACUGCGCAAUAUCUGAUCGAGCAGCGCAUCUCCGAGGAGGAGAUGAAGCGCGCAAGGAACACGGGUCUCGGCGCGCUAGCCAUGCAGUGAUUUCCCUGACCCUGUCCCCCGCCGUACUUUGACGCCAACGACUGUUACUACGCCAAGGUACCGCUCGCCUAGAGUUGUUGAUGUUCGCGUCACAUUUUUGUGUCGCGAACGACGUUGUUGAUGGGAAUCUCGGUGGGCUUUUUCCUUUUUGUUUUUUCUUUUUUAGUCGGCUCAAGUUCUCGACGCGGAUAUGGUCCAUGGCGUGGGACGGUGAUGCAAAAUUUGUCGUUUUCCUAGUUUUAGUUUUUAUUGUGAAGAAAAACAAUCGGACGCAAGUUGUUAAGCAAGUCAGAAGUUCGGUCCGAGCAAAAUAUUUACUGUGAAAUUUUUUAGUCAAAUAUUGCCAAUUCCAUUUUGUUGAAGUGGUCGGAUCCGGCAACCCAUAAACACCGACCUACUUUUUGAAAGUUUAUUACAUUUUAUGUAUUUCUAUUAUUGUUACCAUUGUAUAUGUUAUUGUUUAUUUAUUGAAAGCUGCAUAGUGACCCUUGCAGUAUGAAAUUAUAUAUAUACACAUAAAUAUGUAUAUGUAUAUAGUAUACCUUUCUCAUAACUUGUGAUUUGUUUAUAUAUAGUAGUCUAUGAAAUCUAUUUUAGGUAAUACUGAAACAACUGAAAAAUGCAUUCUUGACUAUUAAAAUUGUUUUAAUUGCACAUAGAAUUGUGAAACUGUUAACAGGAGCUGUAUUUUAGGCCGGAAAUUCUUUAGAGUCGCUGGAACUUGAAAUAUCUCUUUUUUCAAUAGUCAAACGUCGAGCAAGUCUUUGGAAUUUCCCGGAAAAUGUUAAAAUUUUAUUCUAAAUUAUAAUACUUGUUAAAUUUUUAAUUGAAUUUUAAAAAUUAUAUUCUUGUUUUCAUAAACUUAUAUGAAACGAAAGCGGUGUGUCACAUGAUCCGCCCCCCCAAAAUUUGGAGGGGCUCAACAUUGACGUGGGAAACUAUAGGGAUCUGAUUUUAUAAAAGUUUUAUAUUAGAUAAAAUGUCUAAUUGAGAUUGUGAUUACUUCAUCUUUCAUCGUUAUCAACUCUUGUGGUCUCUAUCACAAAAUUCAUUUACCAAGAUUUGUAUAUAAUUUCAUUUAUUAAUUGGAAACAUUCAUCCAAACAUUUUUUAGCAAAUAAUUUUUAUAUUGUUUUGUGGUUUUUUUACUGGUUUAAAAUUUUGCUUUGGAUCUUUUUUAUAAUAAAUAGUACACUGUCGAAAAAUUUAAGGGACAUUGGUACUUACGCGUGUAUUUUUGACAGUGUAUUUUAGGUACUGUGAUUGGUAAUGUUCUUUUUCUGUGCCCACGUGGCCUCAUUUCCCAAAAAUGUGUACCUGCUAUAGAAUUCAGAUGAAAAUAUAUUAUAUACAGAAGAAAUAUAUAAAAUGUCCUAUAAAGUAUAUUAAAAAGAUCAUUGUUUGGCUGGCCAAAGAUUUAUUCAUACAACCAAUCUUGAUCAUUAACAAAUUAUCAGUACAUUCCUACAUGUUCUCAACUGUAGUCUAUAAUUUUAAAUACACUUGUUUUACUACUGCUAACAUGUUAAUAAUCAGGAGCUUGCAUGUAGGAAAUUUGGAAUACACUAUAUAACAAUUAAUAAAUAUAUUUCCUGUUGUUUAAAAUUAUGACAAGGUCGACAAAUUGUGAAAAGUAUUGUGAAAAGCAAUCAACAACAAUAUGUCUCGCUAUACUAGAUAUAAUUUUAAAUUCUGCUUAACGUUAUAGUCAAAUUACUAGAAAAGCCCCAUAAAUUUUAUUAAUAAAGUGUAUAAAUUUAAAAGUUCGUGAUAGAUAAUAAAUUAAAAUCAUCUAUUGCAAUUAAUGUAUAUAGCCAUAUCUCUUUUCCAAUAAAAAAUUAAAUAUUUAAACUUAUCGAGAGAUUGCCCUAAAUAAAUUAGUAAAUUAAUAAAACAUUUUAUUUUUUAAAUUCAAAUUAAGGAAAAAUAUCUAGAUUAAAUAAAAAUUCUGCUUCUCUAACUCCAAAGGUAAAAAGGUGGUGGUUAAUUAAUUACCGUUACUAAACUACGAGCUGCAUUUUGAUACAGGCGGUAUUCCAAAUAUUUUACAUUGAAUUUUCAUUCCCAUUGACACUUUAACUAUGACAUUACCACCAUUACCAAUCAUAAUAAAAUAAAUGGGAAGUCAUGCAUGAAACAAACUGUAUAUAGUCAUAGAUACUUUAGUCAUACAUUUAUAUUCACAUUUCUGAGCUGUUACUUCUUCUGAUAGAUCUAUAUUAUAUAUAAUAAAUUAUAUUAUACCUGAUAAAGUAUAUACAAACAUAAAUGUAACUCAGAUUAUAUUGUUGUUAAUCGCAUGUUGUUAAUAUUGUUAAUUGUUUGGGACAUUUUAUUCUGCGUUAUACAAAAAAAAAUAUAUUUAACAAAGCCGUUGACUAAUCGAAAUGACAUUGAAUUCAGUCAAUAGGACAAGUCACUUUCUAAGUAAACAUCCAAAACAUUUUAAACUCAACUUUUUAUUAAUAUAAUCAAAAUCGGACGGGAUUUUAUAUACAAAGUGACUGGUCUCCAAGCAGACGUUGAUCGUUCCACAAUUUGUGAAAUGGUCGUAACCUUGCCACCAUUUACAUUGCAUGUAGCUAGAAUACAAGAAAAUAUAUAUACAUAUAUAAAAAAGUCUAGAAUUCAUUAGUAUGUAACAAUGUAGAAGAGUAAUUUAAUGAUAGUUCUAUGCAGGUGUUAGGUAAGAAUGGAACAUGGUUUAGAACUGGCGUUCCUCCGUUUGCAAAAUAUUCGUCCAGUCGAGACAUGUUCGACUGUUCCAAUUGGAUCGCAUGCAUCGUAUAGACACGGGGUUUUUAGCUCCCUGCAUUUACCACCCGAGAAAGGAUUCCAUUUUGUUGUACCCAUUAAAUGUUUUCGUUUGCCCACGGUGUUCGGUUGGUUCUGGUUCAGUUCAGUUUCCAUCGUCUCUUCAUCGAGAAAGAACAUGCCGAAAAGCGACAAUCGCAACCAACAGAUCUAUAAAUAUAUACACAUAAGUUUCCUCCUAAUUCUACAGUGUUUACUUCGGACACUCAUUAAAUUCGAUGGUUGACGGCAUGGUUAAAAAUCUGCCGCCGUGCACAUAUUAUUCUAGUUGUCUAAGUGUAUGUGAUGCGCCAUAUAUUAAAUACUUAUAUAUCCCAUAGAAUUAGUCAGUCAUAUUAUACUUGUAUGUCUAUUCUAGACUUCGUCGUGUGUUGGGGUCGUUGGAAAUAAGUGGUAUGAAAACAUGGUUGUGUCACGCAACCUAAAACAGUGUUUAAAUGUCGAUUUUGGUUUUCUGGUUUAUUUUUUUUGUUAUGGUCAGGCGCAGGUUUUUCAUUGCGCGUUACCAGUUUUAGCCGCUUCAAAUUUCAAGAAACCCUAAACACAGCAAAGCUGAAUCGCUGAGCCAGUGUCAAAUCUUUUAAAACCCUAACAUCUGCGGAAAACUCAUAGUUUCUACCUCAAGUUUAUUUGCAACCGAGAUAAACUCCAAAUGUGUACAGACGUCGUACGUACGUGGUACAUACGUUUCGUUGUAGAUAAAAUUAAACUUAAACCACGCUUUGUAAUAGAGCUUAUUUUGAUAUUGUAUUUCCCUUAAACUAUACGGGUCAUUGUUAAACAAACUUGUAAAAACUGUACAGAUUUGAUGUUUGUCCUGUACCAUAAUUCCAUUUCCCUUGUACAUCAUCGGUCAGAAACUAUGGCUUAAACUGUAUAUACAACAUAAACUGUUGCUGUGAUAACACAUCUGUGCGGUAGCCGUUCAAAAGAGCAUUCAUUAAAAUUAAAGAGAAAAAUAAUCAGUAAAAACCAUUGUGCAAUAUUAUCAUUCGACGUCUCAUUAUUAUCUACAUAAUAUGUAGCGGUACGCUUGAUGGACCCAAACUGAACGGUUGCCUAGAAUUUAGCUAGACUAGUUUAUUAAUUAUUAUAGACAAUUUUCAGUCAUGUGGUUGGGUGAGGUACUUUGCUUGCCGUUUUUUCAUGUUUUAUUUGGAUCCGUACGUCCCGUCAUGGUUGUGUCACACACUGGGCGGGCGCAGCUAUCACCAAUUGAAUGCUCAAAGUUUAAAGCGUAAAGUUUUUGCAUUUUACAUUGAGGAAUGUGGGCCCCGACACUGAGUCAACAAAUCAAUGCAAUUACGAAGUGACCUUUACUGUCGUGUGUAAUAUUUUCUUAAUCGUUAGAUUUUAAAUUUAUAGAGGUUUAUGAAAUCAUUUUCUUUCAAAUGUGUGACGUAACCGUGGUGAGACUCGACGGGUACUCCUACUAUUUCCAGUCUUACACGUAAUCAGUGAAUUCGUCGGGAUGCGGCUGAAGAACGACAAUGAAAAUCUGGAGGGAACUGAUUAUGAUAUUUAUAUAUUUAUGGAAACAUAUAUGAGAAGUACCUUCCGGAUUUUUAUUUACUUCGGCCGAAUUCAGACUAUUUAUUCUAAUAAUACCUAUUAUUAUCGAGUUAUUUUUCCUAGUUAGUGUAAAUAUUUUAUUUUUGUAUAAAUAUUGGUUGAAUGUUUAUUUUUGAGUAUAAUUUGUCGAAGCAAAUAUUUUAUAUACAUAUAUUAUAUACUUUCCUGUUGCUUUAGUUUUUAGUGUCUAAUUAAUAUUAUAGAAUUUUAAGUUCUGGAAUUUGUAUGGGUUUCUCUCUUUCUAGCAAAACUCGGCCUAUUUAUCUCCUUACAAAGAACCAUACAGAUCCGCCAGAGCUUAAAGAUAAUUAGUCUUUUAUUAUUGAUUAUUCUGUAGCUGAUAAGUAAAAUCAGGGGGGCUAAAGGUACCUUAUUAUGUGACUGGGUUUUGAAUGUGGCCAUUCAUUGGCUUUGAUCAGUUACCAAAAUUAUGUGUUGAUCGUGUUGAAAAACUGCACUAUUUAACGCCCUUGUGAAGGGCAUACGAGCACCAUUAUGGAAGAUUUUACUUAAAUAUUUGGGUUUUAUUUUUAUUAAUUUUAGUUUCACUUGUAUAUAUAGGUAAAAAUGUAAUUGUCUUCAAACAUGUAACGGUUACAUUUUUGCAUAUGUAAGUCACUAAUUUGUUAUGUACAGUGAUAUAUUUUAAAAGUUGGUAAAACGGGUUAUAUCUAGUUUUCAAGUUGUUUUGUUUUUGAAACACUGCUGCAAACUAUGGUAUCCGCGAGUGCAGGAAUAUGAUAUGUUUGGUCCAACAGUUCUUGUACCAUUGUUUGUGGUUCCAAGGUUUUAAAUAAGUUAGUCACAGCAUUGUCAAACACACUAUAACUCAAUAAAAUCCAUAGUGCCAUA